AUGUGUGCUGCGCCGGGCGCGUGCGCUUGUCGAGGUGCUCUUGAGCUACUGCAUUGUACUGCUCUACUGGGUGGUAUUGCGGACCGUGAUCCGGCGGCGCGUGAUGGUCUUGCGGUCCAUGAUGAUGUUGUCGUCCCGAAUGAUGCUGGAGCGGUGACCAGUACGCCGGUGGGUAGUACUGCGGCGGUGGAUGGUACAGCGGCUCUGGAUGAUAAGCAAUCAUAUGAUGGAACUGCGGUGCUGGAUACCACUGCUGUGGAAAGUAUGGCGGCGGUGCUGAGUACGGAUGUGGCAUCGCGUGCUGUACGCCAUGCAUUGGCUGAUCGGUCGGGAAUGGCUGUGGGAUGUUCAGCCACUGGCGAGCAUUGCAGCAGUCGAUACAUCGGCAGGCCAUCUCUGGCGGUUGAAAUGCCAUCGGUGGUAAUGGCAGUUCAGUUGACGUUCGUGGUUGUGGAUGUGUCGGACGGCUCUGGCCGAGCAAAUUCUGACGCAAGAAGCUCACGGUGA